UGUGUGUGUGUGUGUGAAAGGGCAACAGAGAAAGAGAGAGAGAGUGAGUGAGUGAGAGAGAGAGAGAGGAGGGGGACUUCCUUGAACUUUGAUCCUUUAAAGGGAGCCAAAGGGAGAGCCACGGCACAGGGAGAACUCUGUUUAUCAUUAUCCCGGGCAGGCGUGCAUUCCUUUCCCUGAGUAACCCACACAAAAACAGGCUGGAGCUGGAUAUCGCCACCGACUGCUCGUCUUCUGCUCGGCUUCGGGCCGUAAUCUAGAAACCCCUUCUGAGGCGGGGGACACAAUUUUUUUUUAUCACAGGAUUCCAGCAUGUCUACUAUAACCAGUCCUUCUUUUGGGGUCAAGAGGAACACUGGCAAUUGCCAAGAAGUGAGACCCUGAGGAAAAAACAACAGGCUGCUAAUCUGAAAGGACGCUCUUGUUUUUUUUGUGUUUUUUGACUGACAAACCCAAACUGGUUGGACCUUGGUGGUUUUCUCCAAACCUGCUGUGAUUCUUUCUGGGGUAAAGACACAACGCUGGGACACGCCGCUGUCAGUUUGAUUGAAAACACACUGCUGUGAGGGAAACAAAACAGGUUGGACUAGUUGUUGGAGUAGAACUGAGGGCAGCGUGUAUUUGCAGGUAAAAGCUCACUCUCUUGCUUUUUUUUCUUGCUGAGGCAUCCUAGGAGCAGUGGAGGAACCAAGCACUCUCUGGUGUUUCUCUCCAGCUUGAGAGGGGCUCUGUGUCUGUAUGUGUGGGAUUUUUUUUGCCCUCUCUCACUACCGUGUGGUGCAUCACAGGAGAGGAGGGGAGGGUAGCGUGAGUCUUUUUUUCCCCCUCCAGUGAGCGACUAUGAGCAUCCGAGUGUAAUUUAUUGUUUCCUGUGAAGAAAGAGGGCAGACGCACCUUUUUUUUUGCCCCCUCUUUCUCCUCCUUCUGUCUGUCCUGAACUCUGGAACAGAUCUCUAAACUCGAGCGAGGGGUAACCACGCUGAAUGGACUGCAGGGGAGAAAAGGCGAAAGGGACAGAGAAAAAAUUGGGAACAGAAGGAGUAGUGUGACAGCAAAAAAAAAAAAAAAGGAGAGCCGUGGUGCAGCGGAACCGUGCUCUCCAGGGGAGCCGCGCAUCCAGGUCACCAGGUGGUGACGGGUAAAAAAACAGGGAGAGAGAGAGAGAGAGAGAAAGAGAGGGAGGGAGAGAGGGAGGGCAAAGAGAGGUCGACUGGAGUUUAAUGCUGUCUCUCCUCACGUCACUGCACCUCAUCUUGGACUCACCAAACAACCACUGAGCCCUUUUCUUGCUCUGAAUCAGACUGACGCUGAACCAAAGGAUUUGCUAACACCAUUUUUUUGUCGCAGCUGCACUUUCUGAGAUUUCUUUAUAUCUGAGGCCACACACACACACAUCUGGUGGUGUUGCUGACAAUCGAACAGCGAUGGCCAUGGUGAGUGGGGGAUGGGGAACACCGAACGGGGACACCAAUGGACUGGGGGACAAGUACCUACGGGGGGAAGAAGAGGAGACCUCGCCCCAGGCUGUGGGCAGCGACGCGGAUUUGGGGGAGGACGACAAAUCUUGCGUGGUGGACUGUGUGGUGUGCGGGGACAAGUCCAGUGGGAAGCACUAUGGUGUGUUCACCUGCGAGGGCUGCAAGAGCUUCUUUAAGAGGAGCAUCCGACGUAACCUCAACUACACCUGCAGAUCGAACCGAGAUUGCCAAAUAGACCAGCACCACCGCAACCAGUGCCAGUACUGUCGCCUGAAGAAGUGCUUCCGGGUUGGCAUGCGCAAAGAAGGUAGCAUCCGCACUUCUAACCAAGCUGUCCAACGUGGUCGCAUCCCUCCGUCCCAUGCCGGCAUGAGUCCCAACUCUCUUGUCGGUGGCCCAGGGGUGGGCAGCGGUGCCGGCGGUCCUGGCCUGGUCGGUGGUGAGUUUUUCAAUGGCCAGCAGGUAUCCGAGCUCAUCUCGCAGCUGCUUCGCGCAGAGCCGUAUCCGGCGAGCACGCGCUAUGGUCCGCAGUACGGCCAGCAGCAGCAACCUGGUGGCUCAGUCAUGGGCAUUGAUAACAUCUGCGAGCUGGCUGCCCGGCUUCUCUUCAGCACCAUUGAAUGGACCCGCAACAUCCCCUACUUCCCCGAGUUGCCCGUGUCCGAACAGGUGGCGUUGCUGCGGCUCAGCUGGAGCGAGCUGUUCAUCCUGAACGCGGCGCAGUCAGCGCUGCCACUCCACAUGGCCCCACUGCUGGCUGCUGCCGGCUUCCACUCCUCGCCCAUGUCCGCUGACCGCGUGGUCUCCUUCAUGGACCAGGUGCGCGUCUUCCAGGACCAGGUGGACAAGCUGACGCGGCUGCAGGUGGACUCGGCCGAGUACAGCUGCCUAAAGGCCAUCGCACUCUUCUCUCCAGAUGCAUGUGGCCUAUCUGACCCAGUCCACGUGGAGAGCCUGCAGGAGAAGGCCCAGGUGGCGCUGACCGAGUACGAGCGCAUGCAGUACCCGAGCCAGCCGCAGCGCUUUGGCCGCCUGCUGCUGCGCCUACCUGCGCUCCGCGCCGUGCCCGCCUCUCUCAUCUCCCAGCUCUUCUUCAUGCGCCUGGUGGGCAAGACGCCCAUCGAGACGCUCAUCCGCGACAUGCAGCUGUCAGGCAGCUCCAUCAGCUGGCCCUAUGCGCCGGGCCAGUAGGUCGUCGGUCAGCCCUCUGGCACACCUGCGUCCUGCCUCAUCCAAAGCGCCCCAGUGUGGUGACCCCAGAGCUCAGGCCUCUGGCACAUGUUGCAAAGUACAUGCUGAUUUAGGGUCAUGUUUUGUUUAUUUGUUUGUCAGCUGGUUUGCUUGUCCAUGUGUACAGCGAAAACUAAGACUGACCUCAGAUCAGCAUUAUGAGUCCUUUGCAUAAACUGGGCCCAGGACCACAGGGCACAUCCCAUGCUACCUCAACCAAAACUGGACUUCUUUCAGUUCCCACAGCCAAAGGGAGCAGCUUUUUGUUUUUAACUGUUUGUUUUUGAUUAUCCAGAGAUUUCAUAUGGCAUCUGUGCAGAUAAUGUAGACUGCACCGGGUAUUACAGUCCCACAGUGCCAUUGUAAGGUGUCAGUAACUCUCAGUGUAUAGGCAACUUUAACAGUGUAAAAGCUUUCUAUGUACAAGACAUUCUGUUGUUCAUUACCUCAAAAUAUGAUUAAUUAUAUACCAGAUUCUAUGAAUGGAAAGUUGACAGGUACAAAUGUUGUCUAAAAACCUUAUAGUUGGAAGGAGAGAAACCUCCAUAUAUGAGGGAUGACCAAAAGGGAUUCAACUUUUUGCCAGACCUGCAGCGUCUUGAUUGUGAGAUUAAACUUUAAAGUAGUUUUAUUGGACUCUCUGUGGAUUUUAGGGAUGUUAGCCACUAAAAUCACAUGGGGGUAGAGAAGUCAGAUGCAUAUUUUGUAAGAUAUUGCCAUGGACUGCAACACUGUCAAAGUCGUUGACAUAACCAAAUGUCUUACUUGAAAAAUGGCGCCGGCAUGUAAAUGACAAGAUGAUAUGAAUGCAAAUCUUACACAAUCUCAGUAUUUUAACUGUGUAGUUAAUGUAAUUUUUUAUCAACAAAGUUCAGCCUGAAUGUUGCAGAAUUUCCUAUUGCCAACCAUGGAAAAUAUCAGAUAUUUUUGCAUACUACUACCAAUAAAAAUAUGAACCCAA